AUGCCCGACGGCAUCGAGGGCAAAGCAGGCUACACGCCGUACGAGUUCAUCGACUUCACCGACAUCCAGCUCAAGCAUGAGCUGGUGGCGCGCGUGGAGCGACCCAUCAGUGAGGUGUAUGCGCUGUGGGAGAACCGGCUCAACUGGCCCGAGUGGUUUGGCAUGAUUGAGGAGGUGGGGUUCAAGGAGGGGGACGACGAUGUGUGCGCGCUCAACCUCUGGUACCGCUGGGCCAUGACCCCCUGGCUGGAGCUGUACGUGGCCCUGAGGCGCACCCAGGCUGAGCGAGACAAGUACUUUGUGGAGGAGCCCGAGGACGGGGCGCCGCUGGUGGCGGCGGUGCUGUUCCAAGAAGAGGAGGGCAGCGCCGCCACGCUCGUCACGCUGCGCGUCUCCUACCUGCUGCCCCGCGGGUGGUUUGAGUUUGCCGGGCAGUUGGUGGUGUAUGGGGAUGUCGACCGCAAGCUGACGCGGUGCAGGGUUCGCAUGAAGGAGUGGGUUGAGUCGGUGGAGGAUGUGCAGGAGAAGUGGGCGGCGGCUGCAGCCAACAUGGCAGACAUACGAGCAGGUCUGCCGGAGCAUCGGAAGCUGCAGCAGGAGGCGGAUGCACGGUUUGAGGAGCAGAAGCGGAGGGAGGAGGAGCAGGAGGAGAAGGAGCAGCAGCAGGCAGAAGAGGCCGCGGCGGCGCAGGCGACCGCCGACUUGGAGGCAAUGGCCGCAGCCGACUUGGAGGCAGCCGCAGCAGCAGAGGCAGAAGCGGCAGCGCUCCCGCCGCCGCCGCCGAAGGCAAAGCGGGGCAGGAAGGCCACUGGUCCCACUGUGACCAACCCAAUGGCCAAGCGGCGCAGCCGCAAGGAUGCAGAUAUGGAGCCAUAA